AUUUCCUUUUCCCAGAAUGCUCAUGUGUGAUUCAGGUACACACGGCCGAGGGCCACCAGCUCAUACCACGAGUCAAACUUUACCUCCCGUCGGUAUAGUACUUGUGCACGGUCGAGUAUCCAUAGUGGUAGCCCAGCGCAGUGCAGUACACUUUAUUGCGCAAAGCCAAUACUCAUCAUCCCCCCUUCCAAGCGAACCCCCCUCCUUAAUCAGUAGAGAUUUCACCGCUUGAAAUAUUCUCACUCUUGAAAGCCGAUCGCCAUCCGGUAUGGCUCCUCACGCCCGCACUUCUAGACACGGCCUGCUGCACGGUCACGUACUGCCACCUCGAUACGCGGCGAAGGCUGUCCUCUCGUUCGGGGCGACACCAUAGCAGCGCAAAUUGCUCUGCGGUCUCAUCAAUGAUAGGGCGGAGCCCGAUACGGUGAAGGCACUGUUAGGCUUUGACGCCGUCGAUCGCGUACACCGUGGCGGUCUCUCAGAGCGGGGGUAUGACGCUCUUGCUUCUGGGAUAUCUUUUGAUUGAGGUUAGUGCUCCCAUAUGCGGUGAGCGGAGACCACUGCACUUUGUGGCUAGGAAGGCGCGUGAGUGGGUCUCUCUCUGUGUGGUUGGGAUGGGAGGGAAGAUGUGGAUGCUUGGGGCCGAUAGGGCUGGACUCUGUUGGUGGGGCCGGCGAAGCAGGGGUGGGGGGAUUCUGGGUGCUCUGGAGAGUGGUAUCGAUGGCAGUGUGAAUCUUUCUUUACUCGAGGGAUCUCCACUAAAUCGAGGUAGGCAUGGGACGAAAACCCAGGAUCUUGGAAAGGAGGGUCGAGGGACAUUUAAAUAAUGGACGGUAUUUGCCACCUUGUUUCGGGGAACUUGGUAGGGUGGGUUGGGAUCAGAGACGAAUGCCUCUUUCUAUCCACUAUAUCAAUAGAUGAGUGGUGUUGAGGAAGUCAAUAUCAGUAACUUAAAGUGUGUAUUUCAAGCU